CCUUUAAAUACUCUUGCAGUAAUUCUUUCAGCAAUCACAUGGCCAUAAGAAAGCGAUCAAGCUUGAAGUCAUACGCACAAACAGACAGAGGAAGAAAAAAAAAAAAAAAAAAAAACUUCCCUUGGAUUUUAAAUUAUACAGCAGCAGCUGUGGCUUCCUGUACUUUACACCUGCUCUGAGGGAGGGAGGCUCAUCUGUUGGCCAGUCUGCUCAGGAGAGCUACAAGAAGAAGAAGUUUUCUGCAUCUUUGCGGAUUUUCCUCCUUCAAUUUUGCUUCUUUUUUCUCUCUUUGUGCACGACUUGGGCAUGGUUCUAAGCAGCUUGAGCAGUUUUUGGGCUUACUUUGUCAUUUUUCUACAGGGCAGAUCUGUGCUCUGUAAGGAGAUGAAGUUCCCCAGCAGAGCGCUCAAGCCUCCCUCUCCGUCUGACUUCCUGGACAAACUGAUGGGGCGAACAUCUGGCUACGACGCUCGCAUCAGACCUAAUUUCAAAGGUCCGCCCGUCAACGUCACCUGUAACAUCUUCAUUAACAGCUUUGGAUCCAUCACUGAAACAACAAUGGACUACCGGCUAAACGUAUUUCUGCGGCAGCAGUGGAAUGACCCCCGACUUGCCUAUAAGGAGUAUCCAGACGACUCGCUGGACUUAGACCCCUCGAUGCUGGACUCCAUCUGGAAACCCGAUCUGUUCUUCGCAAAUGAAAAGGGAGCAAACUUCCACGAAGUCACGACCGACAACAAACUGCUUCGGAUAUUCCAGAAUGGAAACGUCCUCUACAGCAUCAGGCUGACACUUACACUCUCCUGCCCCAUGGAUCUGAAAAACUUCCCCAUGGACAGCCAGACAUGCACGAUGCAGCUGGAGAGCUGUGAGUUCAUCCUUCAUGGCAGGCGGAAACAGAAAACGUGUAUAGAUUUAGUCAGUGAACUUAGUUCUCACUGUGCAGCUUCUCUCUGUUCCCUAGUUGGCUAUACCAUGAAUGACCUUAUUUUCGAGUGGCUGGAUGUCGGAGCGGUGCAGGUAGCCGAUGAUCUGACGCUUCCUCAGUUUGUGCUGAAAGAGGAGAAAGGUCUCGGUUACUGCACCAAACACUACAACACAGGUAAAUUCACCUGUAUAGAGGUUAAAUUCUACCUGGAGCGUCAAAUGGGCUACUACCUGAUCCAGAUGUACAUACCGAGCCUGCUCACUGUCAUCCUGUCCUGGGUGUCUUUCUGGAUCAACAUGGACGCGGCGCCGGCCAGAGUGGGGCUGGGAAUCACCACCGUGCUCACCAUGACAACACAAAGCUCCGGCUCCAGAGCCUCUCUACCAAAGGUGUCUUAUGUCAAAGCCAUAGACAUCUGGAUGGCGGUGUGUCUCCUCUUCGUGUUUGCCGCCCUGCUGGAGUACGCGGCCGUCAACUUCGUGUCACGCCAGCACAAGGAGUUCUUCCGACUGAGGAAGAAGCUGAAAGAGCAGCAGCGGCAGAGAGCUCAGGGAAGCGGUGACGGUAAGGUAAAGGGAAACACCACGGCGGGAAACAACGCUGCUCAUGGGAGCGUGACCCAGCGGUGCAGUGCCUGUGCCAGGGAGGAGGAGCUGGCGCAGCAGGGAUUCCUCCUCCAGAGCAUUGGACUCUCCCUGUCCAGCGCGCCAGAGAUGGAUGCUACGCCGGUCUUCGCCGAUUUGCCUCCCGGCUUAGGUUUUUACGAAAUCCGUCGACGUUUCGUGGAACAGGCGAAGCGGAUCGACACCGUCUCCCGAGCCGCGUUCCCCAUGAGCUUCCUCAUGUUUAACGUGCUCUACUGGCUCACCUACAAGGUCCUGCGACACGAGGACCUCCAGUUCACCCUUUGACCACCGUGAUCCCGCCAGAUACUUUUUCAGUCCUGAGGCCCUCGCUGAGACAUUUGCAGACUGAGAGGCCUUCGACGGCCCGCACGGGAUGUAGGACUGCACGUGCAGUGCCACUGACAAAUUCUAACGUAAAACAAACUGUAUGUUUUUAUUUUACUUUGUUUCAUUUCCCUCCGAGGAAACCCACUUUUUCAUUUGCACUUUGUAAGCAUAUCAGAUCACAGCGUGUAUAUACUGUACAGUCCACAACUAUGAGCAUCUCUGUAUGUGAGGGAGAACCACUUGCAUUUGGACUGCUGUAAAAUCAGGUCAGUACUUUUUAGAGUUCACUUAUCCACCAGCAGACCCCCCCCCCACCC